AUGGUUUAUUUGUGUGUUAAAAGAAGUAUGCUAAUGAAGUUCAAUAUGAACAAUUGUAAAUCAGUUGAUAGUCCUCUUAUUCCUAGCCAGAGGCUGAGCAAGGAAGAUGAUGCCAAGAAGGUGGAUGAAGGUGUCUAUAAAAGCUUAAUAGGCUGCUUGCUGUACUUGACAGCAACCAUGCCUGAUUUAAUGUUCACCACCAGCCUCCUAUCUAGAUUUAUGAGCAAGCCAAGUGAGAUACAUUACAAGUCUGCAAAAAGGGUGCUACGGUACAUCAAGGGCACUACUGAGUUAGGAAUCUGGUUUAGAAGAGCUAAAAAAUUUAGCUUAAUUGGCUAUUCAGACAGUGAUUGGGCAAGCUCAGUUGAUGACAUGAGAAGCACUUCUAGAUAUGUUUUCUUUGUCAAUCAUGGUGUCUUCAGUUGGCUUUCCUAA